GUUACCUCAAAGGUCAUGUGAUUUCGUCAGAAAAUGUGAAAAAUAUUGGCGUGUGCUACAUCCAAUGCUCGAUGGAUCAACGCUGCAUGAGCAUCAAUUUCCACUUUGGUGACUUUAUUUGUGAGCUGAAUGAUGCAGAUCGAUACACACACCCCUGGGAUUAUGUGCUGAUAAAGGACCAAGCCUACAGUGAUUACCCCGUCAAGGCUGCUUUUAAAGAGUACUUCAUGACACCAUUGUGGCUCGAGACACACGCGUCCUACAUCAGUAGCAAUCGAGACACAACCGCUGACCAGAUAACGUUCAACGGAGGCUCACUCUUCGGUGCAGCGCUUUUAAAAGUUCCCUUACUAGCAGCUGAUGUCUUGGGGGAUGGAACUCCGCUGACUGUUGAAAUAACAGUGGCUAAUGAUGUCAGUAUCGGACAAACACCAGGCAGUGAUAGUGACAUCACAUAUGGCGUGUCGGACGGAAACAACUUCAUCGGGUUUGAAGCAGUUGACAGAGCAAAUUAUCCAUCAUGGGCUCCUUGUAGCGGGGCGGAGGCAAAAUCUGGGGAAGUUCUGACUGCCGUAAAUACUUUUGAUAAGAAAAUUCCUCUUCCAGGUGCAAGUUUCUAUCCUCCGCAGUUUGUCUUCACUCUCAAACUAGAUCAGCCAUGGGGCUCGUGUUUCACUCCGCAUGGCGGAGGCUUCAUUAAGACAGCCAAGUACACGAAACAAUUGAUGCUAAGCCAUGGUCUUACUCUGGAGGUUUAUAAAAAACAUGCAAGGGAGAGUGUAGGCAUCAAACACAUUACGAUCACCGUUAUGAAAACGGAUGGCCAAGAAAAAGUAUAGUUUUCACUCGUUCACUACUGUUAAGAUCGACCCCGAGUAACAGUAGAAGAACCACGAAAAAGGAAACACAUGGAAUGAUUUAUUUUAGGCAUCCUACCUCAUGUAAUACAACACACGAUAUAGCAUAGUCCUACGUCAUGUAGUAUAACACGGGAUAUAACAAAUGCCAAAAACGUUAUUUAUUACGAAGCGUUAUUUGGGGCAAAAUUUAAUGCAAAUUAUGUUACGGUGUUUCGUAUUUUAUUCGGCCACACUGAUGAAUU